AUUCUUCUUGUGCACUCUCUCUCUCUCUCUGCUGCGGGGUUGAACAACCAACGCCUCUCCCUCUCAAUUUCUCCGCCCGAUUCACUCUCUCCCUCCCCGUAUAAAACAUCACCCUUCUCUCUCUUUUCCCUUCGCUCUCCUCUCUCUCCCUCUCUCUCCCUCUCUCUCUGUCUCUCGUCAUUUCUUGCGGGUUCUGCUGCAACAUCUCCCAUGGCCGCCGCGGUUUUCCAGGGAUUCGGGGCUUCCACGGCUCUGUCGCUCUCCAAAUCCUUCGACUCCAAAAGGGUCAAGCUCCCCUUCGGCAGAUCUCUCUCGGAGAGAAGAGCAAGUUUUGUUGUGGUCGGAUCUGAUGGGAGAGUGGUUUCUGAUUCGAGGCGUGCCCAAAGGCUCGUCACCAGUGCAGUUGCAACGAAAGCGGAUGGCGCGGCAGCGACUUCGGCAUCCAAACCCGGGCAUGAGCUUUUGCUUUUUGAAGCUCUUCAAGAAGGUCUGGAGGAAGAAAUGGAGAGAGAUCCCCAUGUCUGCGUGAUGGGUGAAGAUGUGGGUCAUUAUGGAGGAUCCUACAAGGUCACUAAGGGACUAGCUAAGAAAUACGGCGACCUUAGGGUUCUUGACACACCCAUUGCUGAGAACUCCUUCACGGGAAUGGGAAUUGGAGCUGCCAUGACUGGCUUGAGGCCGAUCGUGGAAGGUAUGAACAUGGGGUUUCUCCUUCUCGCAUACAACCAAAUUUCCAACAACUGCGGCAUGCUUCAUUACACUUCUGGAGGCCAAUUCAAAAUACCAAUAGUUAUACGCGGCCCUGGUGGAGUCGGGAGGCAACUCGGAGCUGAGCACUCACAGCGUCUGGAGUCGUACUUCCAGUCCAUCCCUGGGAUUCAAAUGGUUGCGUGCUCGACCCCAUAUAACGCCAAGGGCCUGAUGAAAGCCGCAAUUCGGAGCGACAAUCCUGUUAUUCUGUUCGAGCACGUCUUGCUGUACAAUCUCAAGGAGAGGAUUCCCGAUGAAGAGUACGUGUUGUCCCUUGAGGAAGCCGAGAUGGUCAGGCCCGGAGAGCACGUGACGAUCCUGACGUACUCAAGGAUGAGAUAUCACGUGAUGCAAGCUGCGAAAACUCUGGUGAACAAGGGCUACGAUCCGGAAGUGAUCGACAUCAGGUCGCUGAAGCCAUUUGAUCUUCACACGAUCGGGAAUUCCGUGAAGAAAACUCACCGUGUGUUGAUCGUGGAGGAGUGCAUGAGGACGGGUGGGAUCGGCGCCAGCUUAACGGCAGCUAUCAACGAGAACUUCCACGACUAUUUGGAUGCCCCAAUAGUGUGCUUGUCUUCUCAAGACGUGCCGACCCCAUACGCUGGGACAUUGGAGGAGUGGACGGUCGUUCAGCCCGCACAGAUCGUGACGGCAGUUGAGCAGCUCUGUCAGUAACUAAACGGCCAAAGGAGGCGCCACAGGCUGCGCCAACAAGCCACCCGUGUCCUUUUUCCUAUUUAUAGCAGCAUAAUUCUUUCUGAACCGUCUUUUGAGCUCAUGGUCAUCUCCUUAUGAUAAUUGAAGUAUUUUCUGUGGAAA